GAACUUGCACGAAUUGUUUGCGAUCGUCGAGGCACCGCGGUUUUGAUCCAUUAAUGAUGACGUCUCUGGGAGGAUUGUGCUUGAAUUUGUGCGUCAUAAUUUGCUUUAUCCAGUGUGGUUUAGCGACGCCUGUCCCACAAGAGUCACCGAUCAAGCAUGUGUCCAAACGACAGGUGACGGGUGCCGGAGUUCGCCCCAAGAUCAAGAACGAAGUGGCAGAAUUCAUCGAAAGCGGACGGAUGACCAACGAUUACGUGUGGGUGGAUGUAACAACGAAGAAAUUCGUUCCAGUUCCUGGCAAUGAUCUAGAGUUUGGGGACUGUUCCGAGCCCAAUGAGCUGAUCUAUUUUGAUAACACGAUCAUUGAAAAUUCCGGGCCAAGCACACUGAAUGGAACGCUUGAGAUUUACAUCGAUGCACCGGUCAACAUAACUUGCGUGAGAGCGAUCGAUCAAAUAAAGGACGGCUUUGGAGCACUUCCCACGUUUAAUUCGAUGGGUUCUAAUUGGGCCAAAAUAGAUGUGGCCGGUCAGUAUGGAAAGGGUUUCCAUUUUCACAUCUACGUCUACGGAACUCGACAAAAGAAGGGUAACUCGGAGAAAGAGAAAGAACGUAAGGACAGUCAGUCAAAUCUGCUGUAGUAGACUGUUAUCAAGUUGACUCAUGUUUUUGUAGAUA